GGCACUUCCUAGUUUCGCGCGUUUCUUUUUCCUCCAACAUGACUGCUGUGUAAAGGCGGACCCCACCUUCAGAUAUCAGAGAAGCAGGAAUGGCCCUCGAGCAGCUCAGUGAUGUGGUCCAGAAAUGUCAAGCAGUUCAAGAUGACAGCUACACUGCCGAGGAUUAUGAUGUCUUCACGAUUGCUGGACGGGCCUGCAUAGAAGAGGGAAAUAGUGCACAGGUCCUCAGUAUUGUUGUGGAUGAGAAAAACAAGGACUUAGUGAGAUGUAUGGGUUGGAACCUACUGCCUCCCCUGAUUCAGAUUCUGCUGAAGAAGGAGGACAAGAAUCUUUCUCACUGCUUGGCCAUUCUCCAGUACCUCCUAGAGGCCUGUAGUCCAAAAGAGCUGCUGGUUGGUUUGCUGGAGCAGGUGGAGGAGGUGCACCUUGAUACCAUAGAGGAGACUUUCCAGCUUCUACUGAACCCUCUACAGAAAGUGCUGCUUCGGCUGGGGAGCCGUAAGGCCUCAUCGCUGGGUAUGGUUCUGUCCACGCUGCUGGAGCAGGUCGCCAAACUGCCGGUGCCCCAGACCAAGGAGGUCUCCCCCUUGUGCCGCUGUUGUCUCCUGCUGAUGAACUUUGUCAGGCCCUUUGUCCACGAGGCCAAACAGAACUUAGUGUGCAGCAAGGCUGAGGAGGAGAGCCCACACCAGAUAGGGAAAAGUGGAGACAGAACAUUAUCGGACAAGGAAGAUGAACUGAGGACGGAACUACUCAAGUUCUGUAUGAAGAGUCUCUUUGAGCCUCUGUUGAAGGUCCAGCUGAGUGAGCCUGACAUCCUGCCUGUGUCUCCUCUCAGGACCUUUGCCACAGAGAUUUUGAGCACUCUAACUGCUAUCGGGGAGUCCCUCCCAAACCUUGUGUUCCACCCACUGUCAAAGAGGAAGGAGGUACCAGGCUUCCUAGAGGAGGAGGUACGCUAUCCUAAACACGCUCUAGCCAGCCUGGCUCACCUUUUGUUCGUCCAUCACCUGGCCAUGGACAACUUCCCUGCUGUUUUCAGUCCUGUGUUUGUUCUUCGGUGUAAUAUGGAACACGUCAACCUGCUAUUAUCAAGAACCGAGGAAUUGUGGAUUCAGAAAGGACUGGAGCUGUAUGAGAAGAGUCUGCUGAGGACGGAGGAUGGCAGUCUCUCUGUUUACUUGCUGGAAAUUAAAGUCUUUAUCAGUGUCCCCCAGAACUUGGUUCAUGUCAUGACUUUAUGUCCAGAACUUCAUUUGAGAAGAAAAGGACUUAAGGUGCUUCAGCUGAGCAUAGAUAAGUUGGACACCGAGGCCAAGUACAAAUUUUUCCAGUGUCUUUUUAAAGUUGUCAAUCACUCGGGUGUGGAAGGCUACAUCAUCAAAAACAUCAAAAACCAGAUUGACUUUUCUCUGAAGCCAGGGAAUGGUAAUGAGUGGUUCGAGGGGGUCCACUUACUCCCUCUACUGUGCCAGGUGUUUUGUCUCCCAGAUGGUCCUGAGACUGAUCUCCUACAGUAUUUAGACAGAGUCAUGGAGUCUCUGAACCUCCUGCGCUACCUGCUCAUUAGAGACAAAGUGACGGAGAACCAGACAGGGAUCUGGACGGAGCUGUAUAAGAUAGAGGACAAGUUCUUGCAGCCUCUGCGUAUUGGAGUGAACAUGUCCAGAGCUCACUAUGAGAUGGAGCUGAAGAACACCGUGGAGAACAAGAAGAGCAAGGUCAAAGAGGAGUCGGUGCUUUCUGUGACUGUUGAUAAUGAGAAUUUGCCAAACAUGACACCAGAAUCACAGAUGCAGGCUUUGCACUCAGCUCUACACACAUUUGACAUGAUUGAGAGUGUGUUGGUGCGAAUAGAGGAAAUCACCGAGGGAAAGGACAAUCCUUGAACUGUUAAAUUUCAGUACCAACCAUAAACCUCUAUCCCUGAGCCUUGUCGUCAAUAUUGACAAAAAAUAAAGAGAGAAAAUACCUCAGUUGUUCUUGGUACAUGAGGAGCACUUCAUUUACCUUACAGGAUACUUGGGACAGUGUGAAAUAUGGAUGGAUCACUUGGAAAAAAUGGCAUAGCAAGUGCUUGUUAUUCAAUUAAGCAUUUAACCAUUUGAGUUAUUAUGGCCAGGACUACAGGUCAUCAAACCUUAACUGUUACUGUAAAUAAGACAAAUUCCACUACAUCAGUUGGAGAUAAAAGAUUGAAUUAGUGAACAAGCACUUUGUGCGUAAUUUCAAAAUAGUGGUUUUUGCCGGUUCAAGUUUGGUCGGCAACCUUUGUU